UAUAGACAAGUCUAGUUAGUGUUUGGUGUGACGAUGAAUGCGUUAGUAAGAUUGUGUGUGGUGCUCGCGGUGAGUCGCGGCGCCCUGGCGCGCCCGGAGGACCGGACCGACAUCGAUACGACCACCACCGACUCCGGUCCGCCGGAAGUAACUGAAAACCCUAUCUCCAAAUCCACGAAGAAUGACACCGCGACGGCGGUGCACCGGCGGAUCCCGUCGGCCGUGCUGUUCGGCGGAACUUGCGGAGGCACCGUCAUCGGCGAGCGCUGGGUGCUCACCGCGGCGCACUGCACAAUCUUCUCAGGAGCGGACUACGUUGUGGCGGGCACGGGCCACACCGACGACGACAGCGGCGUGCACAGAUCCGUGAAGCGGCUGGUGGUGCACCCGCGCUUCACCGUCGGCCCUUACUGGCUGAGAGCUGAGGACUUCAACAUCGCGCAGGUGGGCGCACACUGGGACUUCCUGCUAGCGGAGCUGGAGGAGCCGCUGCCGCUGGACGGAGUGAACAUCUCGGCCGUGCCACUCGACGACGAGGGCUACCUUCACCACGGCACACUCGUGGCCUACGCGGGCUACGGUGCGGCGCACCAUGGCGAGACGAUGCGCGAAGAGAUGCACCUCAUGGAGCUAGAGACGUUAGACAACGACGCUUGCGCCAGCUUGGAGCAAUUCAGCUCUGAAGAUAUGUUUUGCGCCAAGGGCCGACCGCCCAGGUUCGACUCCGCGUGCAACGGUGACAGCGGCAGCGGCCUGGUGACGGAGGGCGAAGGUCCGCGGAGACUGGUGGGUGUGGCGUCGUGGGUGCAAGACGAUGCGCGCGAGUGCGCACCCGGCAAGCUCGUCGUGUUCUCGCGAGUGUCCGCCGUGCGCGACUGGAUUAAGCAGAUCACUGGCAUAUAGCACAACUCCAGCACCAGCAGGCUGGUGGGCGAGCGUUGCGUCGUGGGUGCAGAACAACGCGCGAGUGCGCACCCGGCAAGUUCGUCGUGUUCUCGCGCGUGUCCACCGUGCGCGACUUGGUCAAGCUCGUCACCGGCAUUUAGGACACAACUCCAGCAUCAGCGGCCUGCUGAUAGACGGUCAAGGUCUGCGGAGGCUGGAAGUCAUGGCGUCAUGGCGUCUGGGUCAAGCAGAUUAUUAUUGUGAUGCAUCAUA